UUUUCCCACAUUAUUUAUAUUUCGAUGUCCGCUGGUACGGUUGUGUUUAUGAAUAUAAAAAAUGAUUUUUUAAAUGAAAUGUAAGCGUUCUUGAGGAAAUAUUUAAGAAAUUAAGCCGCAGAAAUGUCUCUUAGCGCAAUUGCCGAAGAAUAUUUUCGUUCAAUGAAUCCGCUUGCUUCAAAAAUACACGACGAUAUUGUAGAAGCAAAAAAUUCGUAUGAAACUAUCUGGGAAACGCUUACGGAAAAGGAAAAAGUUGAAAUAAUCAACGAAACCCUCAUCAAACCGGAGAUAUCCCUAAAAUAUGCUCUCUUAGACACUCUAGACUUUGACAUCAACGACCCACCAGUCCGUAAAGAUGACUUGAUGUCAUUUUUCGGCAGAGACCACGGACAGAAAGUAAUUCAAGACGAAAACACAUCAUACAGAGAUGAACACUCCGCUCCAUUUUUGUAUCAAACAAAAAGCCAGCUUAACUUGUGUGCGUUGAGCGAGUGCAGGGCUCCGAAGGAAGAAAAACCGACAUCUCCCCCACCAGUCUUAUCUGAGCUUGCCUUGUCCCACUCCAAAGUUGUAUCGGAGCUCAAGAAUGCUCUAAAAAGCCAUGACGUUCUCCGUAACUACAGUGAAGAGCGGCAGGUCACCUCCCCAGGGUUUAUAAGCAAGUUUAUAGGUAAUUUCAAAGCAAAAGAUGAUGAGAGGGAGUGCUUGGUCUCGAGCCACCAGACACAAAUAGUUGCUUCAUCAGAGAACUUCUUUAGAACUAACUUCAAAAGUCCUCAGAAUGAUAAGAAGGAUUACAGAAGUAGUGUCGUGAAAUCUAGCAGUGAUCUCUCUGAAGAAAACCGCGGUCUUCUCUCGUCAAGUCAAGCGUCAUCUGGUACCGAUUUCCAGUCUACUGAAACACUGACCGAAUCCACGUCGGCCGUGCCAAAAACUGGCUAUGAUUUCUUAGAUAAUUGGUAAUUUAUUUUCUACUACUAAGAAUACAGGGUGUUGCAUAAAGGAGGUAUUAUAUUUACACCAAAUUCAGGUGGUUUAUUGUUCAAUAGCAAACAAUAGACGAAGAUCUAAUUUUAAAAGUGGGGUCUUAAUGCCGGGUCAGUAUAAGACAGAAAAAACAUAUUGUAAUUAACACUACUAUAUUUAAUUUCAAAAUAUUUGCAAAUAAAUUACGGAACCAAUUUUUGAUCAUGAGUGGAUGUAAUAGGAAAUUUUUCGUAUUCUUGCAAGUCUAAAUUAUACCUCCUUAUUGAACACCCUGUAUCUAUGGAUAAAAGAAUAACCUACUGGCAAUUGUGAAUCUAUUAUUUAGUGGUAUGUUAUCUUUGAAUUGUCUUGUUUUUAAACCAAUAUUGUUUAACACUGGCUAACUCAUGGUGUAAUUUUUACAGUUGCUAGGGGGUAAUUUUUGUCAAUGUCAAAAGUAUUUAGUUAAUCCAUAUACUUGGCUAUAGUUUAUAGUAUGAAUCCUGUAGAUUUAUCUCUUGGAUCAAAGAGUCAGUCCACGAUAUAAUAAACAGCUAGUAUUUUGAUUUAACACGCUAGCUUCCUAGAAGUAUACAGAGAGGUAAGUAGAAGUAACUUACAUUUCAAAACGUAUAUUUUCGAUCCACAUUGUGUCCCUUUUAAUGGUGAGUCUGUCUGACUAGAAAUCUUCUCCUUCCAUAGAGGAACGCAACCAUCUGUUCGUCUACAGUAGCAGCAACCUAUAUGUUGUUACAAAUAUUUAAUAUUAAGUAUGAUCAUGUUUAUUUUUCAAUUUGAAAAAUUCGCAUAUGAUAACGAUCUUAAGGUCCGCAUCUUAAGCACGUAGUCAUGAGAUCCGAUAUUAUUUUAUGGUUGGACUGAUAUAUCUUGUAGGAUCCAUUUAAUGUAGUUUGCAUCUUUCAUAUAUAAUUUUAUAAUCAAAGAACGGAAUUACUGCUUUUAAGUAUUCGAAACCGUGAUGUGCGAGGCACUAUUGUGUACUCAUAACAUGUAAUGGUGUAUUUUUAAGUGAUGGAAUCUCAUAAUUUAAGUCCUUUACAAUGUGAACAUAGAAGCUUUUCGAUGAAUUGAUCAAAAUAGUUCAUAUUAUCCCACAUUGAUAUUCAAUAUGCCACAUAAAAUAUCUGAGUAUGUUACAACUUACUUUCUCAAUAUUUUGUCCCUCAAGCGCAACGAUUUUUUUUAUCAAGAAUUAUUAAUUAUAAAAGAAAUACAGCAUGUUCCAUUUCUAACACAGUAAAGAUUUAUUUUUCCCAUUUUAUACGUCGAAAAAAUAAGUAAUCUCAUUAAAUGUUUUUAUAGAAUACUCGUAGAUUGGUCUCUAGACUUGUAACAUAUCAUAAAAGUAAAUAAUAAUAGAAACACAGAACAAAGAAAAAUCUUUAUUUUGAAUUGCUUUUUGAUCACAUCAAUAAUGUAACAAAAUAGUUUGAUUAAUCUGAAUUAACAAAACUGUUGCAUGCAUAACCUGACAAUGUAUAUACAUUUUAAACUAUAGACAUAAGAACAUCUGAUAAACAAUAAUUUUUACAAUAUUAAAUCCUUAGAGAUAAAGUUUUUGGACCCUAUUUUCUAUAAUUUGUAGGAUCCAAAUUGUAGCCAGAGGACAAUGGGAAAGAUGACUAUGUAUUGUUUAAUUCAUAUAAGCGAUGCUUUAAUAACUACAGCAAAAUCUACGUGAAUAUGUAAAUAAAACUGUUGUCAUCUCGUUUUCAAUCUAAGAUCCUAAUCUCAAUCUUCAAUCCGAUUCCUCGAAUGAACCAAUCGAAAUAACUCAUUUGUAAGCAUGUCAAAAUAAAUUGUUCUGAUUGAUCCAUUUUUUACAUAGAUCGAAAAAAAGAUUGGGAUCGUUUGGAAAUGGUGGUUAUCCAUGCUUUGUCUAUUUACAUCUUAAACUAAAUGUUAACAAUUUUUUGUGAUGAUUUCUUUAAUGUAGUAUUAUUAUCUUAUGCAGUAUAUUUUAUGUAAUAUUUGAAAAUUAUUGACUGAUGUAAUUUUAAUUGGUAUAUCCUAUGAUUCUUUUGCAUGUAAUACCCGAUUUUAUUUAAAACUUUUUAUAAAUACUAUAUCUCGCUACACAUGAACAAAUCAAUAAAAAAGCCGAAUCGCGCACAACGUCGCAUAUUACAUUUUAAGGUGCGUUUGUAAUUUGCAUAACGCCUCUAUUAGGCAACAAAAUAUACUAAGUACAAAACAAGUUAUAUGGGCGAAUGGUAAAAAAAUAAUUGCGCGCUGUAGUUUGCGCAAAAACUCCCACUUAAGACUGAUGCCUAGGACGAUUUCGGUUAUGUGUAAAGCGUGUGUGUUGAUGAAAAUUUGGAUUGGAAAUUCGAUUCCUGAUCAGUUCUUUCCGUUGUGAUGCUGCGGUAUUUUUGAAACUGUUUGUCUGACAAAGACGUCUGCAUUUAUUUUACCCUUUGUAACUUAUUUACAUAUUGUAUAACGCUAAUAUAUUGUAGAAAAAU